AUGUUGAUGGCGGACUUGGAGGAGGAAAUGAAGAAAGGGAGAUGGGGGGGUGUGAGGCUAGGAGAGGGCAAGGUUUAUACGCUAGCGUACGCGGAUGACGUGGUGCUGUUGGCAGAAGAUGAGGGGGGGAUGAGGGGUAUAAUGGAGAGGUUAAGGAGAUAUCUGGAGGGGAAGGGACUGGAAUUGAAUGAGAAGAAGUCGAAGGAGCAGCGACAAGCGCGGCAAGAGCUGCAGGCGAUCCAGCGCCAACAAAAGAGCAUUGCUCCACAGCGGCAGCAACCACAGCAACAGCAACCGCAGCAGCAAUCGCAACAGCAACCGCAACAACAACCGCAGCAGCAACCGCAACAGCAACCGCAGCAGCAACCGCAACAGCAACCGCAACAACAACCGCAGCAGCAACCGCAACAGCAACCGCAGCAGCAAUCGCAACAGCAACCGCAGCAACAGCCGCAGUCGUAG